AUGUCUACAAUCACAUUAACAAAAGAUUCGCAUGUUCACCCAGAUAAGUAUAGAAUUAAAUUGAAGGAUUCUAAUGGAGUUUUGAGUGGGGAUGCAAAAGCUUUAAAAAACAUUGAUAACUCUAAACCAACAGUUCACACUUCAUCAAAUGUUGCAAUCAUUGGUGCUGGCUUCGGUGGAAUGGCAAGUGCAAUCAAGACUAUGAACUCACUUAAAGAGAAUGAUGUAACCAUUUUUGAAAGACAUGACAAUUAUGGGGGAACCUGGUACGCUAAUACAUACCCAGGAUGUGCUUCUGAUAUUCCAGCUGUUUGGUAUUCCUUUUCGUUUGCAUUGACUUCGAACUGGACCCGUGUUCAGCCUCCACAAUACGAGAUGGAGGAGUACAUUUUGAGAGUUGCUGAGCAAUUCAAAUUGAGAGAAAAGACAAGAUUCAAGACUUCAGUGGAUGAGUGUGUAUUCAAUGAAGAUACUGGUAUUUGGACUUUGUACGCUCACGACAUCACUACUGGUCAAAAAAUUGAACACACCGCUAAAAUCUUGUUAUCUUGCACUGGUGUAUUGAUCCAUCCUGCACAUUUGAGAGAACCGGGUUUGGAAAAUUUCAAAGGGGCAUACAUGCAUUCUGCUCUUUGGGAUCACUCAAUUGACACGAGAGGUAAAAAUGUUGUCGUGUUUGGAAAUGGGUGCUCGGCAAACCAAGUCGUUCCAGCAUUGUUAAAUGAUCCAAAGUAUAGCGUCAAUUCGUUAACCCAAAUCGUUCGCUCAAAACACUAUGUCAUGCCUCCAGUGCCAAAAAUUCUUAUUUUCUUCUACAAUUUGCUCAGAAAUAGCUUUUUUGGUUUGCAGUUGGUGCGUUGGGUAACAAUUACGUAUGCCGAGCUUAGAUUUCCAUUAUUCAAAGGAGAGAGUUUCUUGUCAAAAUUGGUUCGUUGGGCACACAGAUCCGCGUCAGUGAAUUAUAUGAAGCAGGCUCCAAAAAAGUAUUGGGAUGCACUCAUACCUGAGUAUAAGGCUGGUUGCAAAAGGUUAAUUUUCGAUUACGGGUACAUUCCUUCAUUGAAUGAUUCAAGGAUCGAACUUACUAAUGAACGAGUUGACAGGAUUGUGGCAGAUGGAAUCUACUUGAAAGAUGGCAGAUUUAUUAAAGCAGAUAUAAUUGUUGCCUGUACUGGAUAUGAUGUGCCAAAAGCAUUUGGUUUACCUGUCAAAACCAACAAGGGAGCUUCAUUGCAAAAGAUCUGGGCUGAGGAAGGUGUUGGCGCUUAUCGUACGCUCUUGGUCAAGGACAUUCCAAACUUCUUCUUGAUUGAUGGUCCUAACGCUGGUACUGGCCAUGCAUCAGUCGUUAUGGCAAUUGAGCAUGGUAUUGAUUACUACAUGAAAGUCGCAAAGCCUAUUCUUCAAGGGAAAGAGAAAUCCGUAGUGGUCAAACCAGAACCAUACAAUAAUUGGUUCAAGUUGAUGCAAGAGAAAUUGCGCGAAAGUGUUUUUGGAACAGCAUUUGGUGGUUGUUCUUCAUGGUAUGGAAAUGGACAAGUCAAUUUCACAACUUAUCCAUUCAGCCAAAUUCACUACUGGUAUAUCACUCAUUUUCCUAAUUACAAGGAUUUGAUUUACAAACACAACGAUAAGAAAAGAGUAUAG